AUGGAAGAAAAUUUAGAUGACUUUGAUGAUUCAUCUGGAAGUGGAGGAAAUAGGCCAGCUACAAAGGGGCAUUUGGAAGCUAAUCAAAUACUAGCUGCAUACCAGGCUUCAUCAAGAAGUGCUAUGAUACCCCCAGGUUUCUGCAAACGAUUGAACAAGACAGUCAAAGCUAUGAGAGACCAUGAAAUAGGGAAUGGGACAAGGCAUAAAUGGAUGAAACAAUAUACUGGAAUAGGACACAGGUCCACCAAUCAUUCAGUACUCUGUCGAGCAUAA